AUGCAGAUAACUGGGGACGAUACUGCCGCAGGUAGCACCGAGGCCAGUGCUCUCGCCGGAAGAUGGCCGACAGUAAGGAUCACAGAUCCAACCAAAGCAGGGUACUUGGAGAGUCGUAAUGCCGGCAAGAUACUUAAAAGGCUGCACGAAACACCACCAACAACGGAGGAGCUGCCAAAGGAGGCUGCUCUGACCAAUGUGACGCUGGAAGUGCUACUAAGCAAUCCAGACCCGCCGUCAUUAUGUACUAACGCUGGCUGGUAUCAGGGUCAAAUUAAAAUUAUAACCUGCGACGACGAAAGAUCGGUAGAGCUAUACAAAGCAACAAUAGCGAGGAUCGGGGAAGUCUACCCUGGAGCGCAGCUCGUGAUGGUAGACAAGAAAGAUAUCCCGUCUCGACCGAGGGCACGAGUUUGGGUCCCUAAAUCCUUCGACCCAGAAAAUCUGCAAAUAAUAAGUGCAUGCAAUCCAGGCCUACCAACGGCGGGCUGGAAAUUUGUCAAGGCUUUUGACAAUACUGUAACAGUAGACGGUGUGGUAACGAAACGUGCCACAACACAGUUAAUGCUGUUGCUAACGAACGACUCGCUAAAACCUUUGGCGAAAAGCGAAGGUAUCAUAAACUACGGUUUUGGAGAGGUGAGAAUCAGAACCUAUAAAACAGAUGCUGUUGCCAUCGACCAAUUGGCCUCAGAUAUUGAAGCUAAUGACGCUGAGGAAGAUCCAAUGGAGUCCUCAAGCGACGUCGAGAGCAUCGACUUGGAAGGGUACUGUUCAUCAGGGUCUGAGUUCACAGCUAGACUUAAAAAAAUGAGUACGAAAAAAGAGCUCCUGAGCGAGUCACAAGAAGAUAAGAGUGCAAAGAAUGCGUCUCCUUCAAAUAAACUUACAUCAUAG